AUGUCAGUAACUCUUCGUCAACAUUUUUGGAAAACUAAACUAUGUCCUUUACAUAUGGAAAAUAGAUGUAAAGAAGGAAAUAAUUGCGAUUAUGCUCAUUCAAUUGAAGAUUUAAGAUCUAUUCCAGAUUUGAAAAGAACUAAACUAUGUUAUAAGUUGUUAAAAGGAGAGAAAUGCUUUAAUAAAAAAUGCAAUUAUGCUCACAACCAAGAUGAAUUAAAAUCAGCACAAAAUUUAUUUGCAUACAAAUCUUCUAUGUGUAAAUUUGUGGCAAAUAAUACAUGUUUAAAUGGGUCUACAUGUCGCUUUGCUCAUUCAAUAGAUGAAUUAAGAAUUCCAAGAAUUCCAGAUAUUUUAUUAGAGAAGAACACACAAAUAGAUAUGCAAAAUAAUUUAACUUGUAUAGAUAAUAAUGUAAAUAAAAUAAAUAAUAAUGGAAACUACAUAAAUAAAGAUAAUAGCAAUAAUUAUAAUAAUAAUAACAAUAAUAAUAAUAACAAUGAUAGUUUUAAUAAAAAUCUUGAUACGAUGAUAAAUAAUUUUAACGCAUUGAACUUAAUGAAUGAAUACAACAAUGCAAAUAUAAUGAAAAAUAUUAAUAAUAAUUAUGUAUACAAAAAUAAUGGAGUAAAUCAUAAAGGUGAAAAAAAAAGAAAAGAAAAAAUUAGAAAUAAAAAUAAAGAUAAACAAUUAAAAUUAAAAAAUUUUAAUUAUAACAAAAAUGAGAAUGAUUUUAAUAAGGACAUAAAUGUAAUUAACAGUACACCUAAUAAACAUAAUGAUCAAAGAGAAAGAACUUUUGAUAGCAAUACAACUAUAUCUUCAAGCUUAAAUUAUAUGGGUGAAGAAAAAAACAAGAUAAAUGAAACAAAUAUAAGUAACACAUAUGAAAGAGUUGAUCUAAAUCAAUGCUAUGGAAAAACAGAAGAAAAUAUUAGUAACUUUUCAGAAAAACACAUAAAUGAUACUAAAACAAAAGGAAAUAAAAGUAAAAACAAAAAAAAAAAUAAUAAAAACAAAGACCGUAGUGAAGGAAAAAAUAGAGAAAAUUCUGAAAUGAUAAAUAAUAUGAAUUAUACAAAUAAUAGCGAAUAUAUAAAUGGUAUGGAAAAUCAAAUAAACUAUUUAGAUUAUAAUUAUGCAAAUAAUUUUCCAAAUACAUUAUUAUAUAGUAAAAUACCAAUUAAACUUAAUACAUUUAAUCCAUAUUUUAAUUAUAAUCAACUAAAUAGUAAAAUGUGUAAAAAUGAAGCUAAUAUGUCUAAUCAGUAUUCACAAUAUAUAAAACCAAAUGAAUUUCUUAUGUAUGAUCAUCAAAACAACAUACCAUAUAUGCCAACUAAUUAUUACGCUAAUUAUUUAUAUUAUUAUCCCAAUUCAUGCAACUACGGACAAUUUGCCAUGAUUGAUAAAGUAAAUAAUAAUAUGAGUUGUGAAAAUAUAAAUUAUAAUAAAAGCAUAAACAAAAGUAUAAUAAAUAAAACUAUUCAUGAAAUAAAAGAAACAGAUGAAGGUAUAGAAGAAAUAAAUAAUAAAAAAAAAGGAUAUAAAGAAGUUAUAGAUGAUAAGGUAAAUUAUGAACAGACGUACAGUGGUGAAAUGAAUAGUGAAGAAAUAAACGAUGAGAAUAUAAAUGAUGAAGACGUAAAUGAAGAAAUAUAUUAUAGUGAAAUAAACGAGAAAAAUGAAAAUGAUGAAGAUAUAAAUGAAGAUGAUGCACAAGAUAAAGUAAUAAAUGAUGAAGAAAUGAGUGAUGAAGAAAUGAGUGAUGAAGAAACGAAUGAUGAAAAAACAAAUAAUGAAGAAACGAAUGAUGAAAAAAUAAAAGAUGAAGAAGUAGGUGAGGGAGAUAUAGAUGAAGAUGAUGAACUAAGUGUAGAUUAUGUAAAUGGAGAUGAAGAAAUACAUAGUAAUGAAAAUAAUAUACAAAAAAUAUAUGAAAAUGAUAUAAAUUAUGAAGGAAACACAAGGGGAAAUAAUUACGAAUAUAAUAGUAAGGAGAUAAAAGAAAAAAGAGGAAACAUUGAAGGAAAUAAAUACUCAUAUGUAAGAAAAAUAACAAAUAAUAAUGUAAAUAACAUCAUGAAUAUAGAAUAUGGAGUGAAUACAAAUAUGAAUGAUAGAAAAAACGAAGAAAAUAAAAAAAAAAACUCUAAUUUUUUAAGUGAAAAUGAUCUUAUAAAACAUAAAGAGAAUAUAAAGCAAAUGAAUACAUAUAAUAAAAGAGAAAAUAAACAAAACAAAAAAAAAAUGUCAAGAUUAGUUACAUUAAAUAAUAAAAAAAAAUCUUAUAAAAAAGAAAUAUAUAUGAAUAAUCAAGAAUAUAUUGACUAUCAAAGAAAUAAUAGAAAUAUAAGCAUUGAAAAUGUGCAAGAAUCAAAACCCUAUGUAAAUCCAUCAUCAGUAUAUAGUUAUAUUGUAAAUGCAAAUCCACAAAAUAUAAAUUAUGAAAAAAAUAUAAUGAAACCAUUAUCUAAUGAUAUGGAAUUAUAUAUUAACAAACAAUAUCCUAUCAACCCAUUAGCUAAUGAUCCGAUGGUUUAUAAUUUAAAUAAUAGAAAUUAUGGUUACUAUUAUUGUGCUUACCCUCCUUCCACAUUUAAUGAUGAAGUUUAUUUAAAUUAA